GACCGGGACGCGUCUCUGCCUCUUUCUCUCCUCUGUUGUCGUGAAGCGGAACCGGAGCCAAGCUGGAGCCGGCGGUGCACUGUCCGCCACCGGAGCCGCAGCAGUUCCAGUGGAGCGGCACCGAGCGGCAGCCUCCGCCCUGGACCGACGAACUGGCCGAAAUGUCCCGGCACAUCUACACCCGACACGGGAUAGGAGACGGGACGCAGAAGCCCGUGUUUCAGGCGAACAGAGGGACGUACUCCAGACGCAGCCGGUUGAAGAGGUCCGACGGCAGCACCACCUCCACCAGCUUCAUCCUCCGACAGGGCUCAGCUGAUUCCUACACAAGCCGACCGUCUGACUCGGAUGUGUCCCUGGAGGAGGAGAAGGAGGGCGGCCGGCAGGAGAGGGAGCAACAGGCCACUGUCCAGCUCGAGAGGGCAAAGACGAAAGCGGUGGCAUUUGCUGUGAGGACUAAUGUCAGCUACUGCGGUGCCCUGGAUGAGGACGUUCCUGUGGCCGGCACUGCCGUCUCCUUUGAUGCCAAGGACUUCCUCCACAUCAAAGAGAAGUACAACAAUGACUGGUGGAUCGGGCGUCUGGUGAAAGAGGGCUGCGACAUCGGCUUCAUCCCGAGCCCUCUGAAGCUGGAAAACAUCCGACUCCAGCAGGAGCAGAAGAGAGGACGCUUCCAUGGCAGUAAAUCCAGCGGGAAUUCCUCCUCCAGUCUGGGAGAAAUGGUGUCAGGUACAUUCAAGCCAAACCCAAACUCUGCAGGAAAGCAGAAACAGAAAGUGGCUGAGCAUAUCCCUCCCUAUGACGUGGUUCCCUCCAUGAGGCCAGUUGUCCUGGUGGGACCGUCCCUGAAAGGUUACGAGGUGACAGAUAUGAUGCAGAAGGCGCUCUUUGACUUCCUGAAGCACAGGUUUGACGGGAGGAUAUCCAUCACACGGGUAACAGCUGACAUAUCGUUGGCCAAGAGGUCAGUACUAAACAACCCCAGUAAGAGGGCCAUCAUUGAGAGAUCCAACACCCGCUCCAGCCUGGCGGAGGUCCAGAGUGAAAUAGAAAGGAUCUUUGAGCUGGCCAGGUCUCUGCAGCUGGUCGUGUUGGACGCAGACACCAUUAACCACCCAGCACAGCUCAUCAAGACCUCAUUAGCACCCAUUAUCGUCCACGUUAAAGUGUCCUCACCCAAGGUCCUGCAGCGGCUGAUCAAAUCCAGAGGGAAAUCUCAAAGCAAACACUUGAAUGUGCAGCUUGUCGCAGCAGAGAAACUAGCACAGUGUCCUUCUGAGAUGUUUGAUAUUAUUCUGGAUGAGAACCAGCUGGAAGACGCCUGUGAACACCUGGCAGAGUACCUGGAGGCAUACUGGCGUGCUACUCACACUUCACUUAGCACGCCACUCAACCCCCUGCUGGGGCGCAAUCUGGGCUCCACUGCGCUCUCCCCGUACCCUGCUGCAAUUCAGGCCCAAAGAAACCGCAACAGCAACCACAACACAACAGACCUUUCGCCUGUUGAACGUCGCAGCCUGAUGCCCGCCGAUGAGAACUACCACAAUGAGCGGGCGCGGAAAAAUCGCAACCGUCUGUCCUCGGGCUCACAGCACAGCCGGGACCACUCGCCUCUGGUGGAGGAGGACUACCAGGACCCCUACCAGGAUUCUUACAAGCCUCAUCGUAAUAGAGGAUCCCCAGGAGGCUACAGCCAGGACCCCAGGCACCGGCACUGAGCCGAGGCCUGCUGGAAACAAAGUGUAGGCUCGUCUUUCUCUCAACAACCACCGCGGACAUAAGAGUUGAAACUACUACACUCAUUUGGACUGUAACAACCUCGUGUCGAUGUGUAGUACCUCAUUUUCCCUUUGGCCUUGGCUCUUGCCAAAUGAGCAUUUGAACCUAAAAUAUUAAGAAUCCUGCUCUUGCUUUGCUGUGAACAAGAGAUAUGAAAGUAGCACAAGAGCAGAAAAGUGACCGCUGGACUUGAUCUGAAAAUGCCCCAGAUGUGGCUUGUGAGUGAAGUACACUAGCAGGUGAUAGUGUGUGACGUAGGCUCCUCUGGACCCUCCCCGCCAUCUCAGCUGUUACUGUAGCAUGCAGGCGGGACUGUAAUCACUACUGUACCUGCCUCAAGCCAGUGCCACACAGCACCAGCGGUGAUGAUGAGCACAGAACCUGUUUGCACGCGUCCAGGAGCCAGUAAAAGAAGAGUAUAAUGCAUCUUUAACGCUCCUCAAUUUUGUUUGCCACUGUCCGCGAUGUGAGUGUAAUAAAUCCUGUGGAAGCCUGUUCCCAAAAUCCAGAGUUUUACACAUUUGUUUUUGAAGUGACAUGGAUGGUGUUGUGGUGUUCGUUCAGGGUUCAUACAGUAGCUCCCUGUGCCCUCUCUUUGUUAUCUCUCAAUGCCAUUUUUGUCACCAACCAUAUCCACCAUAGACUGUGUAUAAAGGUGGACAACGUGACAGUUUCCCCAAAGUGAAGCUUUUAACUUUUGAUCGCCCCCUGGUGUCUGACUGCAGUAUAGACCAUAAUGCUCGCUCCUUUAUGUUAGCUAAUGGGCCAAAUUAAAAACUACACACUAAAUGAAUUUUUCCCAAAGAUGGUUUCUGUCACUGAAGGUAGUUCUUAUCAGCCUGAUCUUUGUUCAGGUGAUCGUUUUUAUGAUAAGUUCGGUUUUAAUGAUUUAUUCAGUUAUACAAAAAGGGGAUUUCCGCCAUGAUUGACAGCUGUGAUAGCCAAUCCGUGCGCUCGCAUUCAAUGGUGCUGCUCGUGAUUGGUCGGAUGGGGGUUUUUUGCAGAAACUCCCACUCAGCAGAUAUCGCUACUGAGCAGUGUUGCCAGAUGUACAAUAAUUAACAUAUUUGUAUGAUUAAUUUGCCCUCUGUACACUGUAUGAUCAAUAAUUCCAAAAUUGCCGUAAUGUACGAUAAUUUGACCAUUGUCAAAAAGUUAUUUAAAUACUUGUUUACUAAGGUUAUAAAUUUAUCCAAUUUGUUUUCAUGAUUGUGACUG